AUUCUUGGGUUUGCGCGCUUGGAUUCACUUUUAAAACCGAUGUUGUAUUUCUUGUGUCCUUCGUGUGCUCAGUUUGGAGGCUGUCUGUGCGUCUUAAGCGAUCAGUCACAUGGUUAGGUGCGGUUUGCGCAGCACAACUCCCCAUAUAGUCCAUUUUUCUUAGGGUCGUGCAGUGAGAAACAAGCAGUUCUGGACCAGCCAGAUUAAAAAAUAAUAAUAAUUUCACAGUUUUGGAGCAGAAGUUAUUUUGUUCACUGGGGAUGGACCACGCGCCUAUAUAACGCUUCCUCAGACGGAUGAUCCUUAAACAGGAACCAGUCAAGAACCCUUCUGACUUGUUGGCUGCUCUGAUGUGGUGCAGCUGCAACAGCCUCAGUCUAAAACCGCUGGACAGGAGCCGAGAGCAGGUUACACAUAUCCAAAUAUGCGCGUAAUUGGAGCGCGCUGGCGAGGCGUCCCUUGCACCCCUACCGGGAUAGCGUUGUCGUGAUGUACAAUACUUCGGGCAAUGAGUUCACUAAUAACAAGAGAGGGGAUAUUUCCGAAGUUAUCAAUGGCUCUCUGCAUCUCUUCUACAACAUCCUCGGCACCGCUAGUCCCACAGCCAUGUGGAACGAGUCGUGCGGGGAGCAGCUGCUGGAUUUCGGGCGCCCGGAGAAGAUCAUUAUCGGGGUUAUGCUGGCGAUCAUCACGGCCGUCACCGUGAUGGGAAACACGCUGGUGGUGAUCGCUGUGUGCGUGGUGAAGAAACUGAGGCAACCUUCAAACUACCUUCUGGUGUCCCUUGCAGUGGCGGACCUGUCAGUGGCCAUAGUUGUGAUGCCGUUUGUGAUAGUGACAGACCUCACCGGGGGCAAGUGGCUUUUUGGGGAGGUGUUCUGCAACAUUUUCAUCGGCAUGGAUGUAAUGUGCUGCACUGCCUCCAUCAUGACCCUGUGUGUCAUCAGCGUGGAUAGGUAUUUGGGGAUCACACGGCCCCUCACCUACCCAGCCAGGCAGAACGGUCAGCUGAUGGCAAAGAUGAUCCUGGGAGUGUGGCUGGUGUCAGCAUCCAUCACCUUGCCACCUUUCUGCGGCUGGGCCAAAAACGUCCACACAGCCGGCGUGUGCCUCAUUAGCCAAGACUUUGGCUACACCAUCUAUUCCACAGCCGUAGCCUUUUACAUCCCUAUGCUGGUCAUGCUGGUCAUGUAUUACAAGAUCUUCAGGGCUGCUCGCAAGAGUGGCGCCAAGCACCGCUUCACCGACCUUUCGCGGCGCGAUCGCCUUGAAACUGUGGCUAAUGAGGCGCUGCGCAUGCAGGGCCUGAAGCCGCCCGGCGUGGCGGAGGAGUGUGCCGCCCUGUCCCGCCUGCUGAACCGUGAGCGCAGGAACAUCUCCAUCUUCAAACGGGAGCAGAAAGCAGCCACAACAUUGGGGGUGAUAGUGGGUGUCUUUGCUGUGUGCUGGCUGCCAUUCUUCAUCCUGUCUACAGCCAGGCCCUUUAUCUGUGGAGUGGAGUGUAGUUGUGUGCCCAUCUGGCUGGAGCGCACGCUGCUCUGGUUAGGCUACGCCAACUCCCUAAUGAACCCCUUCAUCUACGCCUUCUUCAACCGAGACCUGCGCUCUACUUACCGUGACCUUCUCCGCUGUCGUUAUCGUAACAUCAACCGUCGACUGUCUGCUGUGGGCGUGCACGAGGCUCUCAAGGUGUAAGGCAGGGCACUGCAGCGGCAUUUCUAGAAUCUCAGAUGGUACGUUGUAUGGUUGCCCUGUGCUUGUACACUUGGUGCUUAAAGGGCGACGUGUACACAGCAGGCCUGUAGAUAAGACACAGACUGACAGAGUGGGAGUCAAUGUUGGUGGCUCUCUGGCCCUUCCGCAAAGGCAGAGAGACAGCACGAUCACUUCGGUGUGUGUGUGACUCAGUCAUUCUAUUUUAGGGAAGAAAAUCAUAGAGCGUACUUGAUGGGCUAUUCAAGUCGACACUGCUUUUGUGCAUAUGCCACAAUUCUGUCCUGGCUCUGGAUUUAUGGUGGGAUAAUGUGGUGACAAAGGAAAUGACAUGUAAACACAAUCUAUCAUCCUAGGGCUUUCAAAAAGAACAGAAAGCCAACACAUUUCUGUAUAAUAACAAAAUUGAUGUUUGAUAAGUAAAAACAUGUUUUGUGCACAAUGUCUUCUGAGCAUCCUCAUCAAACAUGCAUUUAAGGACGUCCCAGAUUAAUUUCAAACUGGAGGUGAACACUUUGAGGUGUAUUGUGCUUUGUGCCAGGAUUAAAUAUUAUUUAUAUCACUUCACCUCCAGUCAUAGCAUUCAAUUUGGUCUUCUCACUAAAUUUAACCUGAGCACCUUAAAUGUUUCACAAAUGUUUAGAAUGUGGUGAUGCCAAAUGAACAGAGGUGGGUGGGAAAUGGUGUUAAAAUGCAACACGAAGAGAACAUUUUCCAUUCAUGAAAUCUCAGUGUUUUUUGCUAUAAAAAGAAAACUGAAAGUAGUUUGUUAAGUGUGUUAAGUGUGCAUGAAACAUAUUUGUCUUACAUGCUGCAGUAUACAUAAAUCAUAAGAAAUUUUGAGCAGUGAAUGAUAAUUUGGCAGAUGUUUCUCCAUGUUUCACCCAAAUACUUUAUUGCACACUUGAAUUCAGUAUGAACUCAAUAGCAUACCUGUCAGAAACCAUGAUACUGUGGACUUUUUUUCACUCUUCUUAUUUUUGCCUUGUUCGGUUUCAUUCCACAUUUAGUUGCUGACCUUCUUGGCUGAUACAGCAAACUAAACCUGCUGAACUCUGCAGUUUCACUUUAAGAAUUUAGAGACUGUUUUGCUCCAAUGGUUGUCAAUAGUGUUUCUGUUUCCCCUUUGAAUCAGGAUGUGGUCACUGUCACUUCCCUCUGGCUACACUCCCGUUUGAACUCUUUGGUGAUCUGUAAGAUCCAGUGUCAAAUGUCAUCAGUUGAGCAGUGUGUGCUUUUUCUACCUCGAUUUUUUGAGAAUACUGUACAUUUCCUCCAAACAGAUGUACCGCUGUCUUGUAUCAUUUUCUAAUUAACAGCUAUUUUAUAUUGUGUAAGAUUGAUCUGUCUACAAUUACUCUGUGUUUGCUCUGUCUUACUGCCUUGUCAUAACCUUCAGAAACAAGCUGGGGAAGUGGCAAAGCAUUUCACACUUUGUAAAUAAAGAAACACUUGGUUAAAA